CGUCUGCGCGACUGUUUUGGGGGCCGCCCCCUUCACCACUGCACCGCGCAGGACCUGAUCACACACAGACACACACACGCACACACACACACAUACUCACACACACACGCACACACACGGACUAGCAGCCAGCGUGAUAUCAGUAUACUCCUGGAGCAUAAAGUAGGGAAUGGCAGUCAAUGUUUACGCCACGUCUGUGUCCAUUGACAACCUCAGCAGACAUGACAUGCUGGCGUGGGUCAACGACUCCCUACUCCUCACGUACACUAAGAUCGAACAGUUGUGUUCAGGGGCAGCCUACUGCCAGUUCAUGGACAUGCUGUUCCCAGGUUGCGUGCUUCUAAAGAAGGUCAAAUUUCAGGCCAAGCUGGAACAUGAAUUCAUACACAACUUCAAGGUUCUCCAGGCGACAUUCAAGAGGAUGAGUGUCGACAAAAUCAUCCCCGUAGAGAAGCUUGUCAAAGGCAAGUUCCAGGACAACUUUGAGUUCGUCCAGUGGUUCAAGAAGUUCUUCGACGCCAACUAUGACGGCAAGGAGUACGACCCGCUGCAGGCCAGACAAGGGCAGGAGAUCUCAGCUCCCCCGAACCCAGGUGAUCACUUUACCUACAGACCAAAGAGAACUCCAGCAGGACCCCAGAGAACGUCUCCUACCAUCCCCAAGAACGUGCCCACCCUGCAGCGCGUCCAGCACACCGCACCGCCCAUGAGGAAGAACCCUUCUCUGUCGAGAAACGGCGCCAGCGAUGCCGAGAUGCUCGAGCUCAAUCAACAGCUGAUGGAGUUGAAGUUGACCGUGGAUGGCCUGGAGAAGGAGAGAGACUUCUACUUCAGUAAACUACGGGACAUCGAACUCAUCUGCCAGGAGAACGAGAGCGAGACAAACACCACUCUGUCCAAGAUCAUCGACAUUCUCUACGCAACAGAGGAUGGCUUUGCCCCCCCAGAGGAUGAGGAGCUGGACCCACAAGCUCACCUGGACCAGGACGAAUACUGAAUCCCCCCCCCCC